GAUUUGAUUGGUGGAAGACAAACCCUCCCACUUGUGUAUCAUGUUCACUUAACAAUGGAGACGGUUCACCUGAAUGCUCUGCGCUCACAGCCCUCAGCGCUCACACGCUGUCUUUAGGUUGUGUGGACACAGCACGAAGACAGGAUGCCGCGGAAAUGGCCCCCGUACUCCAAUUAUUUUGACCCUCUUUUCACCGAGGACGUGGAGGAGCUGCUUGCACGUUUCCAACAAACUGACACCGUGAGGUUUGAAGCAUUUUUGGCCAUUUGGAGAGAAAUGCGCUUCUCUGACGUCUAUUACGGGAUGCACUGUAUGAGUGAGAUGAAAAGAUUUUGCAGGGUCACAUUGGCCACUGCGGUGAAGUACUUCCUACCUCCGUACAGUUACCAAAUCCGAGCUGGAGGCUUGUACUUGAUGUAUGGGCUUUAUUACAGCCAGCUUGCCAUACCACCUGUGAGUAUUCGAAUUGCUUUGAAAGACUGGAGUCACGUGGAGAAAUUUAUCCAGGACUCUAUCAAUUCUGGGCAUUAUGAUGUUGUUUACAUCUUUAAGAAGCUCGUUGCCAAGAAAGCCAUACAUUACAGUGCUAUGCCAAAUUUCCUGCAUUUCCGCAAACAAAGAACCCCAAAUAGAGAAACUCUAUGUGCAGAUUUCUUUGGAAGGAGCUCUGUUGUCCAGGAUCUCCUUUCUGCAGAUAUUUUGGAGGAGAUGAGCAACAUUCAAAAUCACUAUGAAAGGAUGAAAGCAGCCAUGCCAGAGGUCCACUCAAAGACAUCUAUGACCCAUCGAGAUUUGGUCACCAACCUCAAGGACUGCAUGUCAGAAUUCAUUGUUUGGCAGAACAAAACAUUUCCACUAAACAAAAGGAAGGACCAAGAUGAAGAAAGGGAAGAGGAAACCGUGGAAGAACCAAGCAACAGGGCUAAAUUACUGUCUUCCAUUAAGCAGAAAAGCUUCAGUAAUUUGCAAGAGGGGCCUAAAGCGCGACGACAUCGGCCAGUGGAGGUGGUCAGUGAAUGCCGCUCAGGAGUUGAGAAUGUGCAGACUUUGACUUCAUCUACCUCACGCAAGAAGAGGCCUCAGUCUCUGUUCCGACGCACAAAGAAUAAAUUUGGUGUAACUGAGAACAAGAGGUCGUUCAAUAACUGGCUCUUGACUAUUCCAGAGAAGAUCCCAGAUGAUCGCGCUCUGGACCCACUGAAUCACGUCUCAUAAAACGUGAUUUUUUUCAUUGAAGUUUGAAUUAUUAAAUGAAAGCCAUUCACAACUUGCAGAGAGAGCUACAAUUGGAAUAUAAUUUUGUUCAACAUUGGGGGAAAAAAAUGUAUUUACUUACUAAAGUUUAGUUAUUAGCUAUUUGGAGAAAAAAAGCUGAGCUUGAUCUUUAAUUUGUGAAGUAAGAUCAGAUAAAAAAAUAAAUAAAAAUUUACUCAUAGGUUACCACAUGAAUAAUCUCAUAAUAGUUGUGAUUCACAUUGUAUGUUUUUGUUUAUUUGUUAGGUUUUGUUUUUUCAGAAUAAAAUGCCCUUUGAAUAUAAUUAUCUCACUAUAUUUAUUUAUGUUUAAUACCACAAAUGACUUGCAGUAAGGAAAAUCUCAAUGUAAGACUAAAUCAAUCCCGUGAUUUACUCUACAGUGAGUGCAGAAUAAUGUUGUAGUCAUGG